GCCUAGUGCGAUGGGGAACGCCUGCUGUCUGGGGGCGAGAGAAGCCGCCAGCGCCACCAGCGGCGCGAGCAGAGAGCGAGGCCGUGGUGCUGCUGCGGCGGCGUGCGCAGCAGCCGCCGGACUCCAAAGAGGAUUCUUCUGCCGUGUGCCACGGCAAGACCGGGCAGCCCGACGAGGUAGUGGGUCCGGUGGAAGCUGUGAAGGAGAAGAUCGCGGAGAUCACACAGGAGGUCCUCGACAAGGCCUUCAACACGAAGGUUAGCUUCUUUGUGCGCGGCCUUCAAACGAAAGGCCAGACCGGAGGAGAGGAGCGCGACUGGGCUGCCUUCGGCGAUGCGGGCAGUCUGAAACCGGAGAUGAUUGCCUGCCAGAAGGGAGAAAAGGCAUCAUCCAAUUGUCCGAACCAGGACAAUUUCUCUGUGACCACUUUUAAGAAUGGCUACACCUUCGCUUGCGUCCUCGAUGGCCACGGCAAGAAAGGCCACGUAGCUGCGACGAGAGCCGCGCAACUCCUCCCCUUCCUGCUUCUGGAGCAGGGAAUUGGCGACGAGCAUGUGGCAGAGGCCACGAUUGAGAAG